ACAUAUACAACAUAUGCCUGAGACAUUAUUCACUGUCGUACAGUCACAAUCAUGAACUGAUCUCUAUUCCUCGGUAUAUACUAUCGAGGUCAAUAUCACCAGACUGCAAAUCCAUCCGGCCUCGUCAUCGCAACAAUGGGCUCCUCCCUUGACAUGGUCAAGACCCUCCUAAUCCCCGCCUUCAUCUCACUAAGCAUCUAUCUCCUCCUCAGCCACCUCCUCCUCCCAUUCUUCCGCCGCUACCGCCAACGCUACGCAAAUUACCUGCCCCUAAGCACAAUCUCAGCCCAGACCCUGCCCAUCCGGGAACGAAUCGCAGAUGCUCUAAUGCAUUUUUUCUUACCGACUGCGUCCUGGCGACGACGUUUACCACGAUUUAUGCGUUCAUCCACUGGCCCCGAAGAUGAAGAUGAUGAUAGCUCGGUAGAUCAUAAUAGACCGGAUAAUAAUGACUCGAUAAGUAUAUUCGAUGAAGAAGGGGAGAAUAUGGCGGAGAUGAAUAUGUCGGCAUCCAGAAGAGAAGCGUUAGAGGCGAGCAGGAGGAGGAGUUUUAGGAGUGAUGAGCAGGUUAGGUUGAGUAGAGAUUUGGAGGAGGGGUUUAUGGAUGAUAGUGAUGAUGAUUCGAUACGGAGUUUACAAGAAAGACGGUGAUAUAUAUUAUACUCUGGUGUAUUGAGGAUAUGUUAUUAGAACUAAAUAUAUGGAAUAAGACAUAAAUAAAUCCCGUUCCUAUGCCGAUUUAUCGUAAACAUUAACUAUCAUUCUUGAUCUGCAAGUUGAGUACUCGUAUCACAUUACAAUCCCAUCUAGAGCGGUAUACGGCUGAUGAUGAGCCGGUAGGACGCCCUGUGCAUGAAACGGAGACGAUACAACCAUCCCCGGGUGACUGCUCGUAUGCGCAUGACUAGGGAGAAAGUCCAGAUGUUGCUGUACACUAAGCGCCCGCUCAUGCGCUGGGAUGUAAUAU